AUGUAUUUCUCUGACAUUACAAACUUUGAAAAGUCCUUCCGUAACAUCCAAACCAAGUCCCCUAUUUCUCAGAAUACCAUCCCUGUCACUCCGAUGAAAAAACACUAAGUGAAUUACAUGGAUACAUAGAAUUUGCAAUUUGAGUGGAUUUAAUUGGAUGACUUUGAGUAGGAAAUCAUGAAUGAAAGCGAUUCAAAUCCCUUCCAAUACUCGUACUAUGAACAAACAUAAUGGUUCUAAAACUAUCAUCUUCAUUUCUCGUAUCCACUGAAAUUGGAUCACAUGAAUGUAUUUAUACAAUCUUAGUCCUUUUAAAGACCCAAGAAUCCUUAAAGCAUCAUUCGAUUUGUGAAUUCAAGAGGAACAAACUUCUGUGUUUGAUAGGCUAUGUGUUGAGUUCUUACGAUAACACUUCGAAUGAGACAUAUUUUUUAACCAUUUCCAUUUUUGAUAGGUUCCUACAGAAAUAUCCAUAUAAUCUGAGCAAUAAGGAACUCCUAACUAUCGGAAUAAGUUGUUUGAGUUUGGCUUCGAAAUAGAAAGACAUUUAUUGUUUGACUUCAUAAUAACUUGUCUAAUUAAGUGGUAAGAAAAUAACUGAAGAUUAACUUGCAAAAUGUCAAUUUUAAAUCUUAAAAACUAUACAAUACUAAAUAGAAAUGCCAAACUAUUUCAGAAACUUUGAUUACAUAAUGCGUGACUUGGAGUUUCGGUAUUACAAAGUGAAAGGUUCAAAUAUUGUUAACAAUUCUUUGAUGAAGAUGAAACUAUAAGCAAUUUAUAAAUGCAGUUUAAAUCUAUUACGAUUUGUUUCAUAGUAUUACGAUACAACAUUAUUCCAUCAAAGCACCAUAGCUUAUAGCUGCAUCUUUUAUACAAUCAAGAGAAUGGAAUAGAUGAAUUAUCGAUAGCUUGGUGAUUUGAUUGCAGUGUUAGUGCAAAUUCAAAAUGAUAAUGAGAUUGAGAAUAUGGAAAUGGCUUUAAGAUAUAUUUAUAGACUUUGUUAAAUUUAAUUGAAUUAAAAAUAAUAAGAAUUCUUAUCAUAGACAGAUUUCAAAUAUUGA